AUGCGACCCUUUCCUCUUCACUUACAACAUCUUCAAGCCCAAGGGCAUCAAGGACAAGCACAUACCAUGCAACAUCAACAGCAGCAAUACCUUGCGCUGCAACUAGCAGCCCAUCAAAAUCAACAGAACCAACAAAGUGCCCAACAACGAGCUGGUCCGCAACCUCAAUCUAUUCAUGAUGCCCAGAGCACCCCUCCUCAUCCGCAACCUGGGCCCCCUAGCCAAGUUAAUACUCCACAACAAUCUCAACAGACAAACCAACAGCAACCUACUCCGUCAUCUCAAGCACCUUCUCAGCAAGGACAACAGCCUCAGUCGCAAUCACAAAACCAACCACAACUCCAACAAGUAGCAAAUUCGCAAAACCAACCCCCGCAGCAACAUACCCAACCCCAUCAGAUGACAGCCCACGAAGCGCAACUCCGAGCUCAACAGCAAGGUGCCGGCUCUGCAAUGAUGAUGCCACAGAGAAUGGCCAACCCCAUAAAAAGAUCUGCGGUUCUCCGAUUAUUGACAUUCGCGGAACACCUGAGCGCAUUCUCCGCUCAGUCACCCCAACCUGGUAUAGAGUAUUGGAGCCGCUUUGUCGACCAGUUCUUUUCUCCAAGCGGAGUCUUACGACAAGGACUUUGGUGUGCAGAACAAGGCGCUAAACAGUUCGAGAUAUCUACGCCUGCUCUCGCCCGAUAUUACUACACUCAGUUUACCAGUGGCAUAAGACAUAUACAGAUGAUUGUCGAAAAUGCGCAGGAAAAGGAGCUUCCAACUGGUAGUCAAAUUGUCGAGAGUCACAAGACAUGUUUCAUCUACUUUCUAGCUAAUGAUUGUCAAGUCGUUGCUCAUGGCACACUAAGAGCGCAUUACGACAUAAAUGGAAAAAUUGAUAUUCUCGAUCUUACCACUAAGAAUCACACGGAGUAUAUCCCGCGCACUGCGCUGCAACCAGUUUCUCCAGAGCAGAAGCAAAGCCCGAAAGUUGGCAAGGGUCUUGCCAAGAGAGCACAGCAAAAGCAGCCAAUCGGACCAUCAGUUACCCUUCCUGAGUCCAUAGUCACGGAACACGGUGUCCCAUCUGCAGUCGCGGAGACAAUCUCUCAAAUGCAAACGUUGUUUCAAUAUUCAAUACAGUGUCCACACCUGUCCCCUCCAGACGCUCUCCGACAAUUAGUUGCUUCUUUCAAUUCUCAUCCUCAAGCGAUUGCAUUUAACCAGGGGCACAUGGGGCCUCAACAGACCCCUGGACAACGAACACCUAGCCUUAAUGGACCAACACAAUUCUCUUCACCUGCCGCAGCUCAUCUAGGCCUACCAGGAAGCCAAGGCUCUCCCCAUCUCGGAGGACCAACUCAUACCCCCAGUCCGGCGCAGAACAGCAUGGUAGGGCCCAUUGCAAUGGUUGCGCAGCAAAGCCAGCAGGGUACGAAUACAAGUGGCAGUCAGGGAACGAGUGCCAAUACCAGUCCCAAUGUGAGCAACAAACGCCGGCGAAGCGCCAUCAAGAGCGAAGGGGAUGAUACUGGUGCAAUCCCAGACGUGAAUGGCACCGGUCCAAUUGCGUCAAAAGCACCGAAGGCCAGUCCAAGGGUUGGUGGCAAAAGGCAAAAGGGCACAAGCUGA